AUGUUUAUCUUAGCUUUUGAAAUAAGAAGUUUCUCGAAUCAACAUGAUGGAUCACAUAGAAAGAAAUUAAGGGAGGAAAUAGAGAAGUUAGGAAACAACAAAGUAAAUAUAUUUUCUAAUCAUGUAGAUAGAAGAGAAAAUCAACAAAAUAUGUCACCAUUAAUGCCUUGUAUAUUGAAAGUUAGAAUAGUAGAAGGUCGAGACCUUCCCAUUAUGGAUCGUAGCUCUGCACUUGCCGAUGCCUAUGUAGAGUUACGAUGUGGAAAUCAAAACGAUCCACAAAAGACAGAUAUCAAGAGGAAAACAUUGAACCCAUCAUGGAAUCAAGAUUUUCGUUUCGAUUUCCCAAAUGAAGCUGAUCUUCAAGAUAAACCAUUGGAUAUAAGAGUAUGGGAUUAUGAUGUAGUUAGUAAGAAUGAUAUGAUAGGUACGGUUUUAAUUGAUUUGAACUGUUUGCUGUCGGGUUUGGAGAGUGGAACGUCACAGAUAUCCGGUUGGUUUCCAAUAUACGAUACACUUCGUGGUAUUAGAGGUGAACUCUACGUAAUAGCUAAGUUAGAGAUAUUUCAAAAUGCAAAUCCAUUCAAAGAUGCAUCGGCAGGUGUACAAUUCUUUUCGAUAUCUACACCAUUCUCAAACUAUCGUAUUGUUAGUAUACAUCAGUUUGUUGAAGAGCUGAUAGUUGAGAGUGAUCCAGAGUAUCAUUGGACAGAUACAUUCAGAGCAUCAAGACUUAGUAAUUUCGAAAGACAAUAUUUAUUCUAUACUUUAUCUGGGUAUGUUGUUAAAUGUGUUAAACAUAUUGAUAUUGAUUCAAAUGUGUGUAUACUAACUAAUGAUGAUAAUGAUUACAGUAAACUUAGAAGACAGUUGGGUAAGAAGGUUUUGGAGAUGGGUGGUAAUGCAGUGUUGGGAUACAAACAACAUUUCGAUUUGGAAGGUGAUAGUGGUAUUGUUGCUCGUGGAUACGGUACAGCCGUGACUUUGAGAAAGAUAACAGAAUCAGAUAUAUUAUCACCGACAUUAUCACCAAAGAUGGCACAACAACAGUUAUUAUUACAACAACAACAACCACAAUCACAACUAUUACAACAACCACAACAACAGACACAAUCACAACAACAAGCUAUAACAAGUUCGAAUAGUUAUAGUAAAGAUUUAGCAUCAUCAUAUUCAUCGAGUUCAUCAUCUUCAGGACAUUCUUCAGACUCUGACACAUCGACUUCUUCAUCCGACCGAACUUCCUCCACCGACAACGAUCGACCAUCCAUCGACUUUGCAUCAGACGUUCAACUUUUAACAUUAGAAAACUUUCAGUCUCAUCUGGUAACUCAUAUUGGUGGUCUUGUUUCCACAAAAUCAGUAAAAAUAUUAAAGAAAUCAAAUACACAAGAAAAGAGAGAUAGUUAUUGGAAUGAAAUAAGAAAUGAGAUAAAGACACACGCUAGAUCUCUGGGAUGUAAUUAUAUCGUUGGAUAUUGUGAAACCACUGCUAUUCAACAGAGUGAAGAUCUAUGUUUGUUCAGUGCAACCGGUACUGCUGUUGUGCUCGACUUUUCAUCGCAUCACAGUAGUAGUUCGCACGGACAUUCAUCGUCGCUCAGUCGAAAGAUCUCAAAGAUGGAGGAUUCCAGUGAGGAUCUGAGUGGUAGUUACAAAAAGUUGAGUCUUGUAUCGCAACAGCAGGUGGUUGGCUCGGCCGGAAGUGGCAAUCCACUGGUGAAGCGAAAACCGAUCACAAGAAGUGGAUCGAUAUCUGGUUCCGUCGAAGAUCUACCGGAUUCAUAUACCGACCAUCAUAUCAGACGAUCAAACAUCUCCUCACAGACAAAUAACAACAGCCACAAGCAUAGAAAGACAACAAACACUGGCGGUGGCGGUAGUAGCGCUACAAAGCUAAGAGAGGGUUGUGCCAUUUGUCAUAUUCCUUAUCCAAAAGACGAUUCACCAUUUGGCAAUCAACACGUAAAGUGUGCCGUUUGCAAAAAGAAAUAUGUACCAGAGAUUAUUCUGGCGUCGAUCGACUUGCCACCUGGCAUUCCAAUCACUGGAAAAGGUGUGUUGGUUCAGGCGCGAGUCUGUCGGCUAAAGAAGAAAUCUCAGGGUGAUUCGAACGCCACCAUUCUCAGUGAGAACGUUCCUUUCAUUGAGUACGACUUGCACAAUCAGAUUAUGUACAAGCUGAAAGUACUCGGUAUGAAUGCAGCGUUUGGAUUCAAGUCACAGAUUACCUUUAGCGAUACUCUGGUGAUUGGUGUCGCCACUGCCACUGCGGUGUUCCUCUCUGCGCUGCCAGCACCGAGAAUCUUGCAUAUCAAUCGAACACUCGAUCCUCUGCAACACCAGGAGGAGAAGAACAACACAUUCGCAGAGAUUCAAAAGACGAUCGAGGAUCUCAGUAAGUUGAAUCACGACAAACUUCAGAAUGCUCAGCGUCAUCAUCAACCCGACACUUUCGAGCGAUACAACAAUCAUCACUCCCAACGAAGAGGACGUUCGCCAGCACCGAUGAUCUCAAACAGCGAGAGCGACGACAACUUUAACAAGUCGCACAACGAUGAUUCACUUGACAGUUCAAUGGAGAUGAACAAAUCGGAUUCCAACAACGAUCAACAACAGCGCACUUCCAAUACUAAACGUAGUGGAUCUCAUAAGCAUCAUCAGGAAAAGGAGUCGGCUGCGAGUAACAACAAGAAACAUACUCCUUCAAAGAAGAAGCUAGUUAAACGUGUCCACAACAACAAUAGUAGUAAUAAUAAUAACAAUUUCGAUACAUCAAGUGAAGAUGAUGAUUACUAUGAACGUAGUAGUCAUAGGAAGAAGAGAGACAAGAAGAAACAGACAACAAAGAGAAGAACGGGUCGUGCUAAUUCACUCGGUGUCAAUGAGAGCAAUAACAAGGCAACGGAAUCGGAAGCCUAUUCUCUGUCGUCUUCGUAUGAUCCUGGACAAUAUACAACAGAGGCAUCGAAUGACGAUGAAAUGGAUACCGAUUCCGAGCAAUAUGAAUUCAGUGACGAUGACAUUGGUAGCAGAUCAAAGACUACAACCACCACCUCCUCGAAACACUCAAAGAAGAAACAAUCGAAACGACAGAUCGCCGUAUCGAAAUCAAGCAAUCCCAUUCGAAAAUCAAAGAAACAUCACUCAACAACUGCGUCCAGUUCAUCGGAUGACGAACAAGUUCUCUCCUAUCCACCAGAGCGUAUCAACGAAGCAAACAAUGCAUUCGUAGUGGAGAUUGACGAUAAGAUCGACGUUGACAAACUUACAACUCUUAUUGAUUUCUACACUCCACCCGGUUUCUCAUUGUGUAAUACUGAGUUGCUGCCUGGUCAAUCGAAAAAUGUAACAAACGUACGACUUAUCACAGCGAUUCGUUGUGUGGAGUGGGAUGUCGACUCUGCCUAUCUCAACCACCAGCUGUCCGUUGUAUUCAAUGGACUGUACGACAGUAUCAUGUUCAAACUACGUGAUCUUGCACCUUGUAUUAUCGCUGGUGUCAAUGUUGAUAUCAACAUUCCCGAAGACGACCAAAUCCAGAUGUUACUCACUGCGAUGUGUGUCAUUGAGAACGAACCUCCUACCAUUCCAAACUCUCCACAGGAAUCAAACAAUCCAUUGUUACCAGCACCAAAUCUUCCUCCCAUCAAUCUUUCAGGUCAAACCAACAACACCACCAACACCACCAACACCAACAAACUGUCACACAUUCAAAGCAUAUCAGCACCGGCUUCUUCCGUAUCAACUCCUUCUUCGUCAUCGUCACACAUUCCAGUAGCGAAAUCCAUCAAUAGUUCGCCAUUCUUUAGCAAUCCAAUUAAUAUCAACACCUUAAAUGUUACUUCCAAUGAGAGUAGCAAUAACAAUCUAUGCAUAGACGAUCACGUCCACGGUGGAGAUCUACAAUUCGACAUGUCACCUCCACGUUCACCAAUGAAGAAAUCACUGGAAUCAUCUGCGCAUAACUUUAGUCUCAAUCAAUCCGGUCACACCACCGGCCUCGAGAUGAGACAGGUCGAACUCACCCCACUCUCUUACCUGCCCAAGUGCAAGAUGGAACGUUAUCUCGGACGUGUAAAUAUCCAUUUGAUCAAAGAGAGUUUCUCUGUUCGUGACAAUGGUGGACUCGGUGUUUUCAGUCAUGUAUUCCUCACAGAGGCAAACGCAAUUCUCCGAGCUCAUGUUUUGUCACUCGGUGGUAAUGCAUUGGUUGGUUACCACAUCGAUGAAUUCAACCUGAUCCUCGAUAGCGGACCAAAAGGACAAGCCUACUCACUUAUUUCCAUAAGUGGUGAUGCCUAUCUCUCAAGUCCAAUCUCUCAUGAGUACUAUCUCUUUAAGAAACCAACAAUGCCACAACUCUCCACACCAACAAAACAAUAA